AUGCCGUGGUCCGACAGCGAGUCUGAUGCCGGAGCAUUCGUGCUGUCGGAAGACCUCGUGCAAAGCCCAUCGCACAAAGCUGCAAGCACGAAAACAGUGGACUUUGGCGGUCUGCUGACGCCGCCAUUGCUACUCCACGAAGACCUCGCUGACGGGAAUGGAGGACAGGCUUGGCCUGCUGGAAUGAUCCUAACAAGGUACCUGCUACGGCGGAAACGAAGCGACCUACAGAAUGCCUCCAUAGUCGAGAUUGGAGCUGGAGGUGGGUUGACUGGAUUGGCCAUUGCCAUGGGAUGCGGUCGAAGCAGUGUACUGCACAUCACGGAUAUGCAAUCAAUGCUUCCUCUCAUGCAGAGAAAUAUAUCGCUCAACACGCUCCAAAGUAAGGUGAGCGCAUCAGUAUACGAUUGGGGAAAUGCACGACCAGAAGGCAUACCAGAGCACCCAGACGUUUUACUGGCAGCCGAUUGCGUAUAUUACGAACCGGCCUUCCCUCUCCUGCAAAAGACCCUGCAAGAUCUGAUAGGCCCAAACACCGUGUGCUACUUCUGCUUCAAACGCAGACGCAGAGCAGACAUGCACUUCCUCAAAGCGGUGAAGAAGAUGUUCGUGGUUGCAGACGUUGAGGAUGAUCCUGACCAGCCCAAUUAUGCGAAGGACAAUAUAUUCCUGUAG